AUGGCGACCAACGACGAACGGAAGAAGGCCACCAGCCUUCAACAGGCGAUGGAGACCCUUCUCGCCCUCGAGAAUCUGGGGACCCUCACCUCAACCGCGGCGGACGAGGUCCGCAACAUCGUUGCCGAAGGCAUCGCCAACAAGUUCGGCGAGCUGUACCGGAGCUUUCCCUGCACCCGCGAGGGUGUCCAGAUCCGACGGGACGCAGUGCCAAAGACUUGCUCGCUCAGAGAGAGCGUCGAGGGAUUCGUUGCAAACGCAAAUACCCUCGAGAAACCCAAGAACAGGAGCCGAGAGGUCCAAAGGAAGGCUGCCGUCCAGACGACUACCGAGAAAGAUCGCCUGGCAUUCCAGGCGCUUGCUCAGGUCAACCAGCCUCAGCAUAAGUCGAACUUGACGGUCGGACAACCUGCGCGAUACGAAAGGGUCGAGACUCUUGAGACGCCCUCGCCUAACAAGCAGCAGCCAGAGGCCACAAAGGGUGGCGUUGGCGCUUCCCAAAGCUUGCACCAGGAUAUUCUUGAGAGCGGACAGAAGGCCUGGGAUGCUUUGCUCGCCAAAAAAGCCGCUGAGAACACGGCUCUUUCUCGCAAUUACGACCAGAGAAAGCAAUCCGCGCAAAUAGCGGGUAAGCCUUCAGCUCCCGUAGGAGCCGGAGUGUACAAUGGCGGACGGACUGUGGCUGCUGCGACUCUUGCGGCUCCAAAUAAUGGAGCCAUCACGCGCCAGGGAGGAAUGCAUCCUCGGUCACUCGGAGACACUGCUAAAGUCAGUGGUGGGGGAAACGACCGUCAUACUACUCCCAAGGAGUUGGUCAAGCCGCCCAGCAAACCCAUUCCUGAAUCCAGCGAGGACCUCAUCGACUUUGGCGUCUGA